AUGCCGAGUUCGUGCUCGGAUAUCAGAGAGGCACUGGCCCAAUGCCUGCAGGAGUCGGACUGCAUUAUGGUGCAGCGGCACACGCCGCGUGAGUGCCUAAGCUCUCCGUUGGCUGAAGAGCUACCCACGAAAUGCCAGCAGUUGAAGAAAGGCUUCAGCGAGUGCAAGCGUGGAAUGAUUGAUAUGCGCAAGCGUUUCCGAGGGAAUCACCCGAUUUCUAUGGGCAAGGAGGUUGAUGGGCAAGGAAAGCAGUCGGAACAGCUAUAUGCUGGACGUCCAGCAUACACGACCGUCAAGGAAAUCAGCGGUGAUGAAGUGCAGAUGGACCCCGAGAAGACCCGUGGUCUGUAA